UCCCGCGCUCUUCCUCCUCUCCUCCUUUGCAGCUCGUCCACGUGGUGCGCGCGCCCGACUUCAUGGCCGGGGAUGAGUUCACGCCCUUCAGCGGCCACUCCCGGCGGAUCUUCGCGCUGCGCUUCCACCCCAGCGAGUUGCACCUCUUCCUGACCGGCGGCUGGGACAACUCCGUCAAGGCAAGUGCUGCCCCCGCAAGGGCGGCUGCUCCCCCCCCCCACUCCCCCCGGUGCCUGGGUCAGCGAUGGGCUCUCUGUCCCCUCUGCCAGGUUUGGGACAAGCGCGUGCCCAAAGGGGCGCAGAGCGUGAUCAACGGGCCCCACAUCUGCGGUCCUGGCAUCGAUAUCAAGGGAGAACAUAUCCUGACUGCCUCCUGGGUGCCUCACAAUGCUCUGCAGCUUUGGGACCUACGGAUGUCCCGGCUGUGGCAAAACGUGCCCUUUCCUGGCAACCCCACCCAGGGAGAAUUCCUCUACUCAGCCCAGUUCUGCACCGAGGACGUGGUGGUGGCUGGGGGCAGCGGUACCAGCGGGGCCGGGAUUAUCCACACUGGAACAGGCCAGGUGAUCGGGGAGGUCCUGCUGUCCAACAAGCCAGUGCAUGCUGUGGCUUCAGCUUCCGAAGGGCAGCCCGUGGCCGUUGCUGGCGCAGCGGGAAACCUCUACCUUGCAGAGCUGCACUGAUUCACUCUGGCUGGGAGCCAGGCCGGCAGGAGACCGUCCUUUAUAGCGGGGGCAUCAGUUGCGCAACUGGCAGCUUCGCGGCUGUUCCGGCCUCUCACCCUGCCCCCACCUUAUGCCCAUUUGGCAACCCCUUCCUCCCCCCCCCUGCAUAUUGUUCUGACCCGCCCUUUGCAGUGUCAGAGGUGCUCCUGUAUCUUCCCCGGGGAUGGGACUCCACUUGGGCCUGAGAUGUGUGGCGCAUGGGAGAUGCCACCUGCCAAGGGUCUGUGCAAUAAAGCUUCCUAA